AUGAACAGCUCCGAAAAGCGUCGCGAUGGCGCAUUCCCAAUACCACAGCAGUCGCCGCUACCGCAAUCGCGCGAGCUUGGUCUUGUAAUUCCUGAGCCCACAACAACAUCGUCGCCGUUCUCUAGAUCUUGGCCACACUUAGUCGCCGGAGGUAUCGGAGGCAUGACGGCGUCUGUAUUAACAGCACCUCUCGAUGUCCUCAAAACCCGACUUCAGUCCGAUUUUUAUCAGGCCCAGCUCCGAGCGGCGCGAGAAGCGACAGGCAAAACCCGUCUUGGCCCAUUGCAGUCAGCCAAAUAUCACCUACAGGAAACCGUGCAGAUCCUGCGUGACGUGCAUAAGACAGAAGGGUGGCGCGCACUUUUCAAGGGUCUGGGACCGAAUCUGGUCGGCGUCGUGCCGGCGCGAAGCAUCAACUUCUACGUAUAUCCCACGAGCAAGAGAGCGUAUUCCCAAUGGCUAAACACAUCCCCGGAAAAUCCGGUCGUGCAUCUCGCCAGUGCGGUAACGGCAGGGAUCGCCACAGGGACUGCGACAAAUCCCAUAUGGCUGAUCAAGACUCGACUGCAGCUCGACAAGAAUAAUGCCGAGCGCAAGGGCGACGUAAGCGCACGUCGGUACCGCAACAGCUGGGACUGUAUCCGGCAGGUGGCGCGGGAUGAGGGUUUACGGGGCUUCUUCAAAGGUCUGAGCGCAAGUUAUCUUGGCAUCACCGAGAGCACUCUACAGUGGAUGAUGUACGAAGAAAUCAAGCGCAAAUUAAGACUCAGAGAAAAGCGCAUCGUGGAAAGUGGGAAAGAGAAGACUUGGUGGGAUCACACGGUCGACUGGACCGGAAACUUUAUGGGCGCCGGUGCGGCCAAGGGCAUAGCGUCCAUACUGACAUAUCCUCACGAGGUCGCGCGGACUCGACUUAGACAAGCGCCGAUGUCAGAUGGCAGACCUAAGUAUACGGGGCUUGUACAAUGCUUCAAACUUGUCUGGAAGGAAGAAGGCAUCGUCGGACUAUAUGGUGGUCUGACGCCUCAUCUCAUGCGCACCAUCCCCUCGGCCGCAAUUAUGUUCGGCAUGUACGAGGUUAUCAUCAAGUUCCUCGGUGCAAAGAGUUAA